AUGUCGUCCAAUGAGAGCUCAGAAACUCGAUACAGGUCAGAGGUCAGAGGCUCCAACAACACCCUCUGUCAUAGGGAGCUGUCUGUGACAGCGUCCGUCAUCUCCAUGACUGUGGGUAUUUUCUCCAACAGCUUUGCUCUCUUCAUUCUGAUAAAAUCCUACAGUCGCCAUCGAAUCAAGUCCAAAGCAUCCUUCCUGCUGUUUGCCAGCAGCCUGGUGACCACCGACCUGCUGGGUCACCUCAUCAAUGGAUCCCUGGUACUUCACGUUUACCGUUUUCACAGGAAGUGGGACACUUUCGAUCCACAUGGCAUCGUGUGCAGCAUCUUUGGAGUGUGCAUGGUGUUCUAUGGUCUCAGUCCCUUGUUUCUGUCAAGUGCCAUGGCUGUAGAGCGCUUUAUCGGAGUAACUAAACCUAUCUUCCACUCAACAGUGUUGGCCUCCCACCACGUUAGAAGGCUGCUUGGGUUCACCUGGCUGCUUGCUGCCAUUGUGGCUUUGUUACCUUUGCUGCUGAGGAGACCCUAUGAGGUCCAGAGCUCCAGGAGUUUUUGUUUCUUUCACAUGGAACACCCCAAAGACUGGUUAGAUAUACUGUUGCCACUGAUCUUUUCUGUUCUUGGUUUGCUGGCACUGCUGCUCUCCAUUGUUUGCAAUACUCUGGCAAGCUGUGCCCUGCUGCAAGGCAGACUGCGGCACAAACACGGCUGCAGGGGAACAUCCUACCACUUGGAGAUGAUCUGCCAGCUCCUGGCUAUCAUGCUGGUGUCCUGCGUGUGCUGGGGGCCAUUACUGGUCCAUGUCAUCAUUCUGAGCACAAGAGCUAAAGAGGAAUCCUCCAGCUUCAGUCUGUUGACAAUGGUACGGAUGGCCACGUGGAAUCAGAUCUUGGACCCCUGGGUCUACAUCCUAUUGAGAAAGGCUGUUCUGAGGAAAAUCUUCAUGUUGUUUCACAGCUGCUGGGGCUCACAGCUUCACACCUUCCACCGCUGGCAGCGCAGCACGCUCGGCAGCUCCGGGGAGAUGAACAAAUCUGACUGCCUCCGCUACAGCAGACAGCCCCUUCCAGACACUACCAUCCAAUUCAUCACCUGAGUCCUGAUCGGGAGCCUUUAAUUGAAAUGAUGUGUCAGAAUUAAAACAUUAUUGAGUGACUACACAGACGACAGUGGCGUUCUUCCCUAAACAAGGUGGCAUUAACAGAUCUCUGAGAAUCAUUAUCUCUACUUUGUUGCAUAAGCUGCUUUUAACUAUGUGGAUAUUUUUGAGGAUUGUUUGCAGGAAAUUUAAUAUCUAUGUUUUUGUGUAGAAACUCAUUGUAACACAAUGACAUGUAAUGGGUAUG